AUGUCCGGCUACGACCGAGCUCUCUCAGUAUUCAGUCCCGAUGGACACGUUUUCCAGGUCGAGUAUGCCAUGGAGGCCGUCAAGCGCGGUACCUGUGCCGUCGGUGUGAAAGGUGAUGACAUCGUCGUCCUCGGCUGCGAGAAGCGCUCCGCCCUCAAACUUCAAGAUACCCGCAUUACCCCCUCUAAAAUCGCCAUGGUUGAUGAUCACGUCUGCCUCGCCUUUGCCGGUCUGAACGCCGAUGCCCGCAUCCUGAUCGAUAAGGCCCGGUUAGAGGCUCAGUCCCACCGCCUCACAGUCGAGGACCCCGUCACCAUCGAAUAUAUCACCAAAUACAUCGCCAGUGUGCAGCAGAGAUAUACCCAGAGUGGUGGUGUCCGUCCGUUCGGUAUUAGUACGCUGGUCGUUGGAUUUGACAAGAACGAUGGAACCCCCCGCCUCUAUCAGACCGAACCGUCUGGAAUCUACUCUGCCUGGAAAGCCAACGCCAUUGGCCGAUCUAGCAAGACCGUUCGCGAGUUCCUCGAGCGCAACCACCAGGACGGCAUGGACCGCGAGCAGACAAUCCAGCUGACCAUCAAGUCAUUGCUGGAGGUUGUGCAGACCGGCGCAAAGAACAUCGAGGUGGCCAUCAUGGCUCCCGGAAAGCGGGUCGAGAUGUUGCCGGAUGACCAGAUCGAGUCGUACGUUAAGAGCAUCGAGACGGAGAAGCAGGAGGAAGCUGCCAAGAAGAAGACUAGCCGGACGGCUACCACCACAGCGGCCAUUCUGACCCGGCCCGGUGGUGAAUAG